AGGGAUUUUCUGCCCCGAGGUUCAGGAAUUGUAACAAGACGACCAUUGGUCCUGCAGCUCAUCACUGCCAACACAGAGUAUGCUGAAUUUCUACACUGCAAAGGGAAGAAAUUUACUGAUUUUGAUGAAGUUCGUCAGGAAAUUGAAGUAGAAACAGAUAGAGUAACAGGAAUGAAUAAAGGCAUUUCUUCCAUUCCUAUUAAUUUAAGAGUAUAUUCUCCACAUGUCUUAAGCCUGACCCUUAUUGAUUUGCCGGGAAUCACUAAAGUGCCAGUAGGGGAUCAACCUCCAGAUAUUGAGCAACAGAUCAGAGAGAUGAUAAUGCAGUUCAUCUCAAGAGAGAACUGUCUGAUACUGGCUGUGACUCCAGCUAACACUGAUCUGGCCAACUCAGAUGCACUGAAGCUAGCCAAGGAAGUGGAUCCUCAGGGCCUUAGGACCAUUGGUGUGAUCACAAAAUUGGAUCUGAUGGACGAAGGAACAGAUGCAAGAGAAAUUCUAGAAAACAGACUACUCCCUCUGCGCAGAGGUUAUAUUGGUGUUGUAAACAGAAGCCAGAAAGACAUUGAUGGGAAGAAGGACAUAAAGGCAGCUGUUCUGGCAGAAAGGAAAUUCUUCCUUUCCCAUCCAUCCUACAGGCACAUGGCAGAUCGGAUGGGAACACCAUAUCUCCAGAAAGUUCUAAACCAGCAACUUACCAAUCAUAUUCGGGAUACCCUGCCAGCCUUCAGAAGCAAACUCCAGAGCCAGCUGCUUUCUAUAGAACAUGAAGUAGAGGCAUACAAAAACUUCAGACCAGAAGAUCCAACCAGAAAAACGAAAGCCUUGUUGCAGAUGGUGCAACAGUUUUCAGUGGACUUUGAAAAAAGAAUCGAAGGAUCAGGAGAUCAAGUUGAUACACUAGAACUUUCAGGAGGUGCCAAAAUCAAUCGUAUUUUCCAUGAACGUUUUCCUUUUGAACUAGUGAAGAUGGAAUUCAAUGAGAAGGAACUGAGGAGAGAAAUAAGUUAUGCCAUCAAGAACAUACAUGGUAUCAGAACAGGUUUGUUCACUCCAGAUAUGGCGUUUGAGGCCAUUGUUAAAAAACAGAUAGUUAAGCUGAAAGGACCUUGCUUAAAAAGUGUGGAUCUGGUGAUGCAAGAGUUAAUCAACACUGUCAAGAAGUGCACAAAAAAGUUGGCAACUUAUCCCAGGUUGUGUGAGGAAACAGAAAGAAUUGUUGCUGGCUACAUUCGUGAGAGAGAAGAGAAGACCAAGGAUCAGAUGCUGCUGCUGAUUGAUAUCCAGGUUUCUUAUAUCAACACCAACCAUGAAGACUUCAUUGGUUUUGCAAAUGCCCAACAAAGAAGCAGUCAGGUUAACAAAAGUGCAGUGGGAAAUCAGGGAACCAAUCUACCGCCUUCAAGGCAAAUUGUCAUCAGGAAAGGCUGGCUGACCAUCAACAACAUUGGCAUCAUGAAAGGAGGAUCCAAGGAGUACUGGUUCGUUCUGACUGCAGAAAGCUUGUCCUGGUAUAAAGAUGAUGAGGCAGGGUUUGACUCUAGGUGGGUUGCAGCACGCGGCUUGGUUCCUGACCGGCCGUCUGGGAUCCAGAGUGACUCGUGGCUGGAGCUGCUGGUGAAGAUGCCCUGGGCUGUCCCUCAGGCUGGGUUGUCAUGCGACUGCCUGUCUGUGCCUGCUGUACAG